AUGGAGAGGACGACGGAACCCACCGGGCCCUCAAGAUCUGAGACCAGUCGUGAGGACAUGUGGGAGCAAUUCGAGGUCUCCGAGAAUGAGGGCGUACAACAGGAUGGUAUUACGGCUCCCCAGGACACCACCUAUGUUCAAGACGAGCACGAAUUGGACCUCUUACGAAACCAAGCGUUGCUGAAGCUGGACUACAAGGCUGAACUGUCUGGAGCCUUGCUUCGAGCCGAGACAGAUCGCGUCAUGCGUUGCUUGUUUGCAGCCAACCACGCCAACGACAUUGACUGGAUACGAUCUAUCCCGCCGACCACCUUUUCCGAGAUCAUUCGCAUGGUCCAGCCAAAAAAGUUUACUUCGACGCUGGGGUCAGCUCACGUGGAACUCAGCACCUGGAUGGUAAAGCAUAUGGGCAUCGCACCGAUGCGACAGAUCGCCUUUGAAUAUGCGUCUGUCAUCCGACAGCUGCUUGGCAUUCGCAAGUAUGCCGGGAUCAAGCUUACUCUAGGCGACUACAUGGUGCUACUCAGAGCCGCCAGGGAUCUGGGAAACCAAAGAAUGGGCCGUCUUUUGUGGAGCAACCUCCUCGAAGAGGGAUAUAAACCAACUACCCAAUGCUACAACUACAUGAUGGAGACCGUUGUUUGGAAUGGAAUACAUAACACUGGCGGUCGACAAAAGGUCCGAAUCGUUCCUUUCAACAUGCUUGGCCGGCAGAAGCAGACAAAGCCACGAUUUCAUGGCUACAGCGUGGGACCUGGAGGUGUUCGCCAAACUGUCAUGUCCAUCUUCAACGAGAUGCUUGCCAACGAGGCGUACGCCGAUGUGUACAGCUUUCGCAUAAUAAUGACGGCUUCUGCGAGAGAAGGCGACUUGCAAACCGUCAAGUCGAUUUUGAUGAAAGUCUGGAAUAUCGACGUUGAUGGGAUCAUGGCGGGGAAGCCUGAAUCUGAGAUCCUCCCGAAACAACGUCCAGAACACUCGCCUUUGCGUCCCACGAAGAGUCUUCUCUUCACGCUGGCACAUAUAUUCGGGAUCAACAACGAUAUACCGACCGCUCUCCGGGUGGUCGACUUCGUGGCCCGUCACUACAAUCUACAAGUGGACGAGCAAUCGUGGAGUCAGCUCUUCGAAUGGACAUUCGUCCUGGCAACGGAUCGUCUCAAUGCUGCCCGGCGAAUGGGGACGGAUGUGGGUCAUUUGCCCCAUCAAAGUCUCUUGAACCUGUGGGACACGAUGGUCUCACCGCCCUACAACUUCGAACCUACCAUGGGCAUGUACAACUACCUCAUCAAGCAUUUGUUUCGGUUUCGGUGGGUACCCGACAUGGCGACGAAGCUUGAAGAAGGCAGGGAGCUAUACGUUCGCCAUCGGAGGUUGGCCUCUCUUGCUUAUCAUCAGUUAAAGAUGGCGGUCGAGAGACAGAGUCAUACAGCUCAUGCUCAGCAACCGGACGAGACCCUGGAGAGACUCCGCAAUCGAUACGAAAAAGCAGACCUCAUCCGACAGCGGAACAUCUUCUGGCUCAAGCGCUGGGUCCGCUUGUUCCUAGGCGUGCACAAUCAUCAUGUCAAAAAUGAUCACCGGUUCGAAAGCGCGGCGCGUACUUUGCCUGCUCUCCUCUGGACCUUCCGGCACGAAGCCCCUUCGAGAAUCAAGUAUGAGAUUCAGACCGGCUUGGUCGAGAUUGAGUUCAGGACCGAGCAGCAAAUCACUCUCAACUUGCAGCGUCGCUUCGACCGGCAGGCAGGCACGCAGAAAAUUCUGGAUGCGUCGAGGAAGCUUGUUGGGCAGAGAUGGGUGAGAGGAGGUGUUGUGAAGAAGGCCAAGCGAUUGCAGGAACAUGAACAGAAACUCGAGGUAGACUCUUUCUCUAGUAAUGUGGAGAUCAAUGAAUAG